GUGUGUGUGAGGUCACAGUGUGUGAGGUUUGUUGCUGAGCUGCAGCUGAAUGCAGACACACACACUCAGACCCAGAAGGCGACGGCUCCUCGACUCCACCGGCUGCUCCUCUGUUCUGACAAAAUGAGAAGCUUGUUCUCUGUGACGCUGCUGCUGCUCUUGGCGCUAACGCUUAGCACUGAGGCUAACAAGAGGAGCAAAAACCACAAAGGUGGGAAACAUGAGAAGUCGCGGCCGGCGUCGGAUUGUUCGGCCGCCGACACUCGCUACGGGAAAUGUGUCCCCCACCAGGGAGACUGUGGGGAGGGUCUGAGAGACGCCACCUGCAAGGACCGGACCGACAAGAUCCACUGCAGGAUCCCCUGCAACUGGAAGAAGGACAUCAGUGACUGUAAGUAUAAGUUCGGUCCGUGGGGUUCCUGCGACGCCGCCACCAGCACGAAGGGACGUUCAGGAACGUUGAAGCGAGCGCUGUUCAACGCCGACUGUCAGGCCAGCGUCAAGGUGUCCAAGCCCUGCUCCCCGAAGGCCCGGCCCAAAGCUGGAGGGAAGAAGUCAAACUGAAGUCCACCGGAGGACGGGAGGACUCCGUCUCUCGGUCCAGAUGAACAGUGAGUGGUGAACCCAGAGGGAGGUGGAGACUCUUGGUUUGUGACGUUUGAAGAGUGGGAAGUUUUCCUCCCUGUGCUACUCAGAAUAAUCCUCCUAGAUCCUAACAGACGUCCCGUAGACUUCGUCCAUAACGUCAGUUUUUUAGAAUCGUUUUUAAAAAUCUGUAAAAUCUUCAAUGAGAUCUAUUUUUGAACUAUAGGUGAUUGAUGACACUGUGUAAAUGAACAAAUUAAAGAGUGUACAUUGUUUUGGUGAA